CCGCGACUGAUAGCCAUGGAUGGCAUGAAUAUACCCAUAUCACAUAACCAUGGCUGAAAAUGCCCAAAUUGCAGGCCACAAACGAAAGCAAGCCCCUAAUCACUCUGCAUCAUCCUCAAGUGCCCAGAAACGCAUCAAACGCCACGAUGCCCGUGCAAUACCCGUCCAGAGGUCGCAGCCUGCCCUCUCAGCAGCCGGCGAACUCAACAUCGCAUCGUUCGUCAAGGCUCGUGAGUUCGAACUUGAUGCUAUCGACCGCAGCAUUGUAAAGGCAAGAACGGCCCUUAGUACCAGGGCUUUCCAACAAGUCCCGAGAAAUAUGAGGAGAAGAACGGCCAGCCACAAUGCCAAAAAGGUUCCCCGACGCUUGCGUCCUCGAGCGAUCCGAGAAAUGAAGGAAGACAACACUCCAGUGGUCAACAAACGAACGAGACAGCCGUCCAACAAAUUGCGACUGAGACUCGAAAGGGCUAAACUUCUGCAGAGCAUGAACAGACACACCAAGACAGUUCGCCAGAGAAAGAGAGAAGCCAAAGCCAACCUGAACCAGCCAGACCCCGAGAACCAUGUUUCGCUUUCACACAUUCCGCGACCCAAGACGAGCAAACUCGCUCAGGCACCGAGGGCUACCACAAAAUACAAGAAAAGACAGGUCAACAAGACGUGGUUGCCUACUCAUCUUUGGCAUACAAAGCGAGCUCAUAUGCCACGGCCGACCCAGCCCCUGUGGAGAAUGGCGAUUCCUUUGUCACCCACGGAGAAGAGUUAUCGACCUAGCCAUCGCGCCGCAGGAGCCCGCGGAUGUAUUGCUUGGGAUUCAAGCUACAUGUCCACAGUCUCUUGUCGAGGCACUCUGUCCGCCUUAGAGAAAUUGCUCUCAGCACUAUCCUUCAACCCAGACUUGACAUCGUCUGCGCUACUCAAAAAAUGGAAAGCCGGAACUCGAUUCGCCCAAGGCUGGCUUCAUGAACGAGACGCCAAAACCCGCCCAAUUGCUCCUGCCGUUGUCCUGUGGUGUUCCAAUUCGGAAAAGAAAGACCCAGACGUCGAGUUGUCUGCGGAAAAUGGCCAGGCACAUGGAAGCGACAAGCCUAACGGGAAGUCAAGACUCGACCACCAACUACUGAUUCGAGUUCACCCUUCUGCCUUCCACCACUUCUGGGAAGAAAUACUCAAAGCUGCAAAAAUUCAAAAGCCCCAGGUCUUGGUAGAAGAUCUCCGCUUCGAGAUCGGUAGCAUCGACGUCCAAGGACCUGGAUCCACAGAUGCCCUCCUCGGCGUCUUACGUCCGGUGAGUCCCGAGCGAGGCAAACCGAGCGUCCACGCAGCCACUUGGACCUCGUUGAUCGGAUUGACCAACCCCGCAACGAUCUCUCAGAAUGCUGUAUUGUCAUUCAGUAUUACCGACUCGCGCCUCCAUCACCCGCCAAAGCAACUCAAAAGCUCGACAGAUGGUAUGCAAAACUCAUUGACCGAGACACUGGUUUCAUGGCCUCCAGACAAAACACCAACUGCGUCCCCUCUUCUAUCCCACAAGGAGCGCUGGAGACUAGUGAAUUCCCUGCUUUCCCAAAAGGCGAUCAAUCGCAGGAAAGCCUUGUCCCCCCCAGGUCAAGCCCCAAGUUCCAAAAGCACAGACCCCCAUAUUCCUGUUAUAAUCAUAGCUUCACGGCCGGAGCACUCCUCCCAAGGAAUUGCCAAUCAUUCUCAAGGCACAUGGACCGUUCUUCUUCCAUGGCAGUGUGUCGAGUCGGUCUGGCGAUCCUUGAUGUAUUAUCCGCUAACCUCUGGAGGUACACCGCGAUUUGGGGGCCUCAAGCAGAAGCAGCAGUUGGCGUUCGAACAGCAAAGUGCCUGGUUUCCAGCUGAUGCGCCGGGCACCGAGGCUGGAAAAGCUUGGGAGCGUACCGAGAGCGAAAAACGCUUCGAUGAGUGGAUAAGGCGGCCCCCAAAACACCGCAUUGCCUGGGAUAAACUCGACCUUGGUUAUGCAAGACUAGGAGAGCUGGGAAGAGGCUGGUGUUGUGACUGGGAAUACUUGUUUGAGAGCAAAGCUCCACCUAGCCACCUCACAACUCCAGCCAAUCCCAAUCAGCUGUCGACAGACAAUACUGCAAAGCUGCUCACAAGGCGCCAUCGCAAAGCAGCUGAGAAUUCACAUAACACAGAAGCAGACAAUCGCAGAAGAAAUACCUCGAGCCCUGAAACCGAUACUGAGAUAGUGGAUGCUCCUCUGGUGAAGCCCGAUACGCCUUUUGCCCAGCUUGAUCCCACCGCGGGUGUGUCAAUUCUAAAGCACCCGGAUUUGAAUCGACUGCCAUCCAGUCCAGUCCUCCUCACCAUUCGCAUCACGUUUCUGGAUCGUGGAACACCUGCAGCCGGAGCUCGGGUUUAUCGAUUACCGACUCCAAUAGUCAACGGAGCAGCUGAAUCUAGAAGUGUGGCUUCAGAUUAUCCUUCUCAGCACGACCAAGCGGCCUGGGGAUCAUCUGAUCUGCCACCUCCUCAGCCCCAUUCAUCGAGAGUCUCUGUCGACAGGUCCUCCUCCCCAACAACCAAAUGCCCCGAUAUACGCAAAGCAUGGCUAGCCCUCAUAAGAUCAACAUCAGCGUCAGGACGACUCCCUAAGCAGCACACCAAUCGGUUCAACCUUCCGACGAAACAAUCGGCAUACCUGAGAGAAUCAUUGGCUCAGAUUAAUGUCCUGCCCAAGAAUGCUCCGCAAGAAAUUGUAGACAAGUUCGGGCCCAACAGCGUUUUCGGCCGCGGUGAUGGCGAGACGCCAAAGCUUACUCGCACGAAAAACAAGAAAAUGACCGAGGACAAGCAAGUGGCGAAUGCGACAUCAGCACCAACAUCAUCCGAUGCUCGAAUCCAAGUGCAAGCCGAGCUCCAGCCUCAGGCAGCACACUUGAAGACCGUGACCACUCUGUUCAACGUCGUGGGUCCGGAGUCUCCGUGGGACAAGCACCCUCCUGUGCCUGAUAGACAGCACCUGUUGGGCUUUGUCACGAGUGGAGGCUACAACCUGGCCGAGGGUCGUGGGACUGCGAUUGGCAGUAUCUGGGCCCAGCGGCUUCUCGAGGGCUGGGCCGUCGAGGAUGCUGCUACUGCCAGGGAUCCGACCUCUCACACGGUCAAAUAUCUGUGCAUCGUACGCAAUGCUGGUGAGAGUAUAGGUCGUCUCGCUCGGUGGGAAGUCUGUCAAAGUUGCAAGUAGACCACUCGGCGGGGUGAGUCAGCAACUUUCGUCACCCGUCAGGAUAUACACACUCCGAAAAUGACAUUUCAUGACUUUUGCAUCGUCUAUUGUCGCAGUAACAUUCUUUCUAAAG